UUCAAGAACCACGCUUUCAAUAGAGUCUGUUUUUAACUGAAAUCAAACCCGGUUUGAGUUUGGGAUUCGUUUUUUUGGUUUCUCAGAGAACUUUUUAAAUAGUCGAACAAUUGAGCCAAAUCCCUCCGGCAGCAAGCGAUUAACACAGAAGAAAGAUAUGUCGACUCCGGCGAGUUUCGACUCAGAUUCCGAUGAAUUGGCCUCACUUAAAUCACAGCUCCGGCGUCUUCAGAGCCGUGUCGAAGAGUUAGAGUCAGAAAACAUGGCAUUAGUAGCUAAGCUCUCGAAUUGCAAUUGCCAAAAGAACAAUGAUACAGUUAAUGGCCACAACACAGCUGCGAAAUCAAGAAAGAGAUUCUCAGGGUAUGAGACAAUUGCACAUCGGGUCUCUAGGAGAUAUGUUGCCUUAAAAGUGAUGUACUUUGGUCUGAGGUUCAAUGGUUUUGCCUCGGAGGCACACAUGGGUCCAACUGUGGAGACUGAAAUAUUUAAUGCUUUAAUGAAGACAAGACUCAUUGAUAGAGUAGACAAGAAGGAGUUACUUUACUCAAGAUGUGGUAGAACAGACAAGGGAGUAUCUUCUGUGGGGCAAGUGAUUGCUCUAUUUCUGCGGUCAAAAUUAGAACAGACAGGAGGCAUCAACAACCAUGCUGGGGAAAUCUCACCGGAAGAAGUUUGCGGAGAGAUCGACUAUGUUGGCGUGAUAAAUAAAGUACUUCCAAAUGAUAUUCGAGUUAUGGGGUGGUCUCCCGCACCCCUUGAUUUCAGCGCGAGGUUUAGUUGUGUAAGGAGGGAAUAUAAAUACUUCUUUUGGAGGGAGAAUCUUAAUAUAUUGGAAAUGGAGACUGCCGGGAAGAAAUUUGUUGGUGAGCAUGAUUUUCGGAAUUUUUGCAAGAUGAAUGCUACCAAUGUGCACAAUUUUAGACGGCAUAUCAUGGAAUUCAAGAUCUUUCCUUACGGUGAAAGUUCAUGGGGCAAUGAGCUUUGGGUGUUGAAUAUAACAGGAAGUGCCUUCCUGUGGCACCAAAUCCGAUGUAUGGCAGCCAUACUGUUUUUGAUUGGACAAGGUCUUGAAUCCUCUGAUAUUAUAGAUGUAUUACUUGAUAUUGAGAAGACUCCAAGGAAACCUCAAUAUCUGAUAGCUCCAGAAGUUCCGUUGGUUCUUCAGUCUUGUGAAUUUGAAGGUCUUAGAUUCAUUUGCUCAUCAGGUACUGUUUUGCUUCCACUUGAUUUUUGGAAUCCCUGGUAUGCUUCUAUCUCAUUUUAAAUUGUUUUUUAAUACUUUUAUGGACUUUUUUUAGCUGCGAAACUUGCUUUGUUUGAGCACCUGAAAAAAGAAUGCCUUAAUUAUAAGCUUCAAGCUGCAAUUUUUUCGGAGGCUUUGCAGAGUUGUUCAACAGUUGAAACUGGUAUGAUUUGAGAUACUUCAUAGUCACCCUCUUGAUUCCUUCUUAAAUUCCCCAAUCACGAUCCAAAUUCUGGUUGUUGGCAAUAUUGCUAAGAGAAGUUUAUUUCUUUAGAUGAUACUCUGGUGGUUAACACCAAAACGAAGAAAACAGCUGUUUAUGUCCCAAUCAUGUCUAGGCCCUCUGAACGUAAGUUUCACUUUGUUCCUCUUUCCUCUUUUUUUUUUUCGCUGCAUUUAUUUCCGUGAUUUACUGAGCAUUUCCAAUGCUAUUCAAUUUGAAUUUUGUUUAAUAAUUAUCGGCGUGGGUUCAAAUGAUACAACUUUUUCAGCUUCUUAUGAAGAGCGACGAGCUAAAGUUACCACUUCAGGCAAAAUACAGUAGUAGAAAAGUUUGGAGGCACAAGCAUUUUGCUUCCAUGCUCUCAACUCUCAAAUAUUUGUCAUUUCAUUUUGUAUUUUCCAAUCUCAUGUUGUAAAAUAUAGUAUAAGUAAAUAUAUAUAUAUAUAUAUUAUAUUUCUUAUAUAUAUAUAUAUAACGAAGGAGGCAAAUUAAUUACCGAAACUAUCACUCAAUGGGAGGAAAUAUUG